GCGACAACUCAGUUCAUCAUGUUGACGCCUACAACGACAACGCUGGCAUUCCGUCUCGCCAGUCAUGCUGCGCCUCGAACCGCCCUCCUGACAACGCUCGCACGUGCGACGCCCGCCUGCCAGUACACCACUACCGCGACGCCCUUCGUCAAACCGCAGGGCAUUCUCGCCGCCAGUUCAAUCGCUCUCGGCUCCUUUCGCCGCGCCGCGCCAUCUGCACCGACUUUGAUCCUCUCUCAAAUGACAUGCCGCCUCCAGUCAACAACUUCAAAUGCGGCGCGACCGGUGUCCCCUGAGGCAGGCCAGACCCUUGACUGGAACACAUUCUUCAAGCUGCGCAAGACGCGCCGGCGAUGGCAACUCGUGUUCAGCGUAACGAUGCUCGGCGUUAGCGGCACUGCGGGAGCCAUCUUCCUGUCGACCGGUGUGGCAGACCCGGUGCUGUCCCAAAUCCCACUCGACCCCUUCGUCACGCUGGGCAUCAUGGUGCUGGGCUUCGCGGGUCUCGGCUGGCUUGCGGGCCCUAGUCUGGGCUCUACCGUCUUCAACUUGAUCAACCGCAAGUGGAAGAAACAGAUCACCAACAAGGAGAUUGAAUUCUUCGGUCGUGUCAAGAAGAACCGCGUGGACCCCACCGCUUCGGGCGCUGGCAACCCAGUGCCUGAUUACUACGGCGAAAACAUCUCGAGCGUUGCAGGAUAUCGCCAGUGGCUCAAGGACCAGCGCGCAUUCAACAAGAAGCGCACCAACUUUGUCUAGGGAUGGACGAUGCCGAUGACUAGCUCGACAGCAAGUAUUUCCUUUGCAUAUGGUACUCUGGGAUUCAAGUUUUUAUGGGCGUUGGCUGCCCUUGCACACGUAACAAAAGGGUGGGCUUGGCAAGGACAACAAAGAAUGUAUGUACAAUCACGGGCACCUCAUGUCCCACCAAGUUCCGCUACCCAUCAUGUGAAGGGUAAGCUAGAGUCUACCUCGUCUUUCCAAGCCCUCAUCCCGCCCUUGAUAUCGCCAAUGAAUCGCUUCCCAUUCCGA